AAUUGAAAAUCUCGUAAUAUACUCAGUUUCGCCAAUUUAAGCUAAUUUUUGUUUUAAGAUUGCUUUUUCGACAACGAAUAUAUUAUAUUUUUAGCUAUUAAUAUUGAUCUUACAGACUUGCGCAGUUAAUGCAGCCUUUGUCUGCCAUUGCUUGCGAAAAAAUAUUGUCAGUUUGAAGUUGCGAAGUAUUGACAUUUACUGAUUUGUGCACUAUGUUUGUAUUUGUAAUUUAUAAUUGAUAAAAUUACUCAUUUACCAUGGAAGAUAUACGUUCUAAAUACAAAUCUAUACAGAAUGGUUCCCAUCAUAUUACAUUAGACUGUAUACAUCCGCAGUUUGGUUUAUUUCUACAUGUCUGUACCAUUGGGAUAUACAGUCAACACAUGGCUCUCCGUAUCAUGUUCAUCCUUAUCCUUCUCCUAUUCGUCUACAACAUGCUUUUACAGCACAGACCAGCCCAAAGAUGUUCCACCCAAAAGGACUUAAACCUCAUCGCGAUGGCAAAAUACUUGUUACACCAACUGAGAGUCCUAUCCUUGGAAGGGCCCUAUGCCUCACUCCUAGGGGCAGUCCACUACCAGGCCACAUAUCUCACCUGAAUGAUAAAUUCCAAGACUCACUUACUAUCACAUCUGACACAGAUGCUUUGGUUGCCAAGAUAAGUGCCAUGUUCCCAACUGUUAGUGAGACACACAUAAAAAUAUUAUUAAAAAAAUAUUACAACCGUGAAGCAGUAGUAAUAAGCGCAUUACAAGUUGAGAAACAUCCUAUAACUACACCUGGGCCUUUAAGUAUGUCCCCUUCAAUGGCACGCCUGCAGAAAGGUGCUGUUGGUGUCUACUCCGCAAUGCAACUUGCUAAAGGAGGAUCAUCUAUGCAUGGGUCUAGUCAUUUGACACCUCUUACUGGGACACCGCAAGGUUCUCCAUUGCUUCUGAGACCAGCUUCAGGGGCAUCAAGCUACAUGGGCAUGGCAAAAGCAGUUGAUGGUCAAACAAAACAUCAAUCACCAAAAAUGAAAUUGAAGUAUCUUAAAAGUAUUUUUCCAAAAGCAGAAGAGACUUUAAUUCUGGAUAUAUUAGCAAAUAAAGAUGAUAAUGUUCAAAAGGCAAGCGAGGAACUCAUCGGUAUGGGUUUUACCAAAAAAGAUACUUCAAUACAAAAGAAAAAGGAUAAAGAAACACCACAACCUGUGAAAAAAGUUGUUACUAUAAUGAAGACAACAGAAGAAAAAAUGCAAUUAAAGCAAAAGUUGCAAAAAAAAUUUAACACAGUAGCUGAAAGGGUUAUUUCGAUAGCUCUAGAAAGUGUCGAUUUUAAUGAAGAAAGAGCUGAACAAAUAUUAAAUGCUGUGGUCCAAGAAGAGGAUGCACCCAAAGUUAAUAAGAAUAUUGAAAUCAAAGAAACACAUAGACCUGGUCCUAUAGACAUUACAAAAGGUGUUAGCGGCGAUGUGGAGCAGCCGCCGAGCCGGCCGCCCCCCGCGCCCGCCUCACGACGACUCAAGAUAUGGACCGAACAUCUGAAGCCAAUAUUAAAGACGAGUGCAAGUGUGGAACCUAAAUACAAAUCACAGUAUCGUAUGGCGAGUAACGGCCCUAACCCAUCACUACGACAAGGACCGAAGGAUAGUUUGCUUCUGGAGGAUUACAUGGCGUGGAAUGGACCGAACCCGGAGCUAAGAAAUGGCAGAACAGUAAACCCCGAAGGUCCAGAGAAAUGCGAGAAAAAAUUUACUCUUGCUCGAGGACCAGCCGAGCUCGCUAAAGGCCCAGCUGGUAUUGCGACUGGAUCCAUUUAUCAAAAACUAGCAAAAAAAUCAGCUAAGAUCGCUAUCUAAAUUACCAAACGGAUAUGGGAACAAUACAGAUCUUGAAGAUAGAAGCGAAACGAUGUUUACAUUAAUAUUUAAUUUCGUUAUUGUUACAUUGUAACUUUUUAGGUUAUUAUUUGUUUAAAAUUCUUGUCCGCUUCUGUUUGUUAAUUAUUUAUUGUCACACAUACCAAUUGCAUUGUCUAAAUUAACACAUUAAUUAGGAGUUAUAGAAAUUUUCCCAUUUAAUUUCAAUUAUUUUGUUUGGAACUUAUUUCAAAAUAUAUGCAUAGGUAUAAUUUAUCAACAUGACAAAUAUUUUAUCUUAAAAGAUAUUUACUUCACUUGCAUUUUAAUUCUUAAAUAAUCCUAGUCUCCAUUUCUUUAAUAUUUCAUUGUUAAUAUUUUAAACUAAAAUAGGAAUAAAUGUAUCCUGUAACAAGUAGAACAGUAUUAUGUUAGUUAUAGCUGAAGCCACUGUUAAAACAUUAUCGUCGCUUCCAUUCGUAUAAGGAAACUGAUAGAUAUAACGGUAUUAGAUUUGGCCCCUAUGUUCAUUUUUCAAAAAAUAUUUCUAACCCUUUGUGUUCUUCCAAACAGUGAUCUUUAUCUUUACUUAAUUUUAACCAUAUCUGUGUCUGGAGCUACCCUUCUAACAACCAUCUAUUCAAACUUUCGCAUUUGUUAUAUUAUAUAGAUGAUUCUGUAUAGUGGUUUCAGCUGAAGUAAACGAUUACAGUUAUUAUUUUGUGCCAAAUGUUAAUAUUUUUAGUAUCCCAGUUGAUUCCCUUUUGAUAUAUUUUUUUUAUAUUUAGUGGUAAUUGUUUAUUGUUAUAGAUGUUAAACUACAAAUUCGGAUUUAUCAAACAGUCUCUAUUUUGUUUUUUAAUUCCAUUUUAACAACUUGACACUGAUUUCAAAAUGUCCGAAUUUGAAGCUUUUCCCUAAACGCGAUAUCUCAUUAUGAGGCCUUCAUAUUUAUGGAUCUCAAGUAAUGUAGGACUCUAUUUUCAUUGUUGUACACAUUAGACUAAAACAAACACUUAGAUAUAACUUGAAUUUAAAUCUACAUGUUCUUUACAUUUAAUAUGAUUAGUAUUUUUUUAAAUAAUCUUUAAUCGUUAUUCAAUUUGUAGCAUAAAUAGUUCUUCCUCGUUAGUUUAACUUCUCUUAUUAAAGGUAAUCCAAACUUGCCAUUAAAUAUAAUGAACAAAUAUUUUUAUCAAAAUUUAGUACCAAAUUAAUAUUUUUGUAUGGCACAAUAUCUGCGUAUGCUUACUUAUGUAUACUGUAAUUCAUUUUAGGAUAUAGAUUGUUAUAUAAGCGUAAAAGGUUCAAGAAAAAUAAAAUAGUGUAGUUCUGUAUUUUUAAACAAUCUUUUUCUAGCCUCUGUUGAGAAAGUUGAGAAAGUUGCCACAAUAGUGUUAUAACUAGUAGUAUGUUUUUAUAUCUUGGCCAAUCUAGAUGUUAUAUUAAUUGGAUAUAGAAUUACUCAGUAUUAAGCUUAGAUUUUAAAAGUUAAGAAUUUACAUCAUAUUCCCAAAUAUAUUUAAAGUUGAUUGUGCUCAAAAUCGUUAUAGGUAUUGUAGUGAUUAGCUUUUAGUUCGGUUAUCCUAAGGUUUGCACUAUUAAUUCAAAGACAUGAAUACAUCAUGUAGGCAAUAAAUUACAAUACAAACAAUGGAUGUCUGUAAUUUUUCUGUAGGACAACGAAAUAUAUUACCUCAUAGCUGUAAAUUAUAACUGAAAAUCCAAAGAAUUGUCCCCCAUACAUGUAUAAUUAUACAACAUGUUUCAACCAUGUGCGUCGUCUUUAUGCAUAGCUGUAUGUGAAGGCCGUGUUCUAAAAAAGAGAAUUUAUCGUGCAUCUGAAAGCCAAAGAUUUUCGCAUUCAUUAUCUUCACGGUUUCUAUACGAAAUCCACGGCUGCAGUAAAUUUCAAGUCAUGCCACGCUGUCAACUAUCACAAACCUAAUGCUGCGCACAAUUGCACUUGCGUAGGGAUCUUCAAUGGUCAGAAAGAUUGUAAACACUCUAUUUAUAGCAAUAAUUUAUUACUAAAGAAUUCAGUAGGUUUCUAGUCAAUUAAGUUUAGGUAUAGAUUGUAGACUUUCAAAUUUCAUAUUUUUGCGACAAUUGUAAGUCUUUUUUCGAAAUAAAAAUGUUGGAUUGCCUAA